AGGUUAAAUUCUGAGUUAUCAAGGACACAAAACAAUCUUUGGGUGCCGCAGGAGUGUGAGAGCUGUCAAAGGGAAAGAAAAAACUAUUCACAUCUCUUUUGACUCGUAGGAAUUCAGAGGAAAUCUGCAGCGGAAGAUAGUACAUCUUUGAGGGCGAACACAAAGAACGGCAUUGAGCCUUGAAGUCCAGGACCUUCAAUCAAACUUUCCCUUCCCCUCUCAAUCUGCGGUCUUUCCUUUUCGACCUUUUCCUGGUCCGGAUUCUACGUCAGCAAAGGGCCUGUCCUCAACCCAAAAAAACGACCAGACCGGUCCUAUUUGAAGCAGCAUAAUUACGACGUAUGUGGUCGUCUUAAACACCGGCGGACCUGGUUUGGGAUUUAUCCUUUUGUGUGUGUUCCUCCUCGGGACAUGAGUGAGAGCGGCGCGCCUGCAGGAAGCAGCAGCAGCGGCGGCGGCAGCAGUUGAUGAGAAACCAACCAACCGACCCGUGAGGCGACGCGCAGGGAAACGUGCUCGAUGCAUCUUCCUCAGCGGGUCUGAACAGGAGGAGGCGCCCUGAAGGAACAGCCCAGCCCCCCCCCCCCCCCCCUGCCCCCGAGACUCUUGAUUUUUUAUUUAUUCAUUAUUUAUUAUGUAUUUAUUUGAUAUGGGGCGCGUCAUCCCGCUGACUCUGACCGUCAUGUCCAUGCUGCUGUGCCAGGGGUUCUGUUCGGGGGUCUUCGAGCUGAAGCUGCAGGAGUUCCUGAACAAGAAGGGCGUGCAGGGCAACAAGAACUGCUGUAAGGGAGGAGGGGGCCCGGCCUCGUCCUUCCAGCAGCAGCAGCAGCAGCAGCAGUGCGAGUGUAAAACCUUCUUCAGGAUCUGUCUGAAGCACUACCAGCCCAACGCGUCGCCGGAGCCGCCGUGCACGUACGGCGGCGCCGUGACGCCCGUCCUCGGCUCCAACUCGUUCCAGGUGCCCGACGUCAUCCCGGAGAGCGCGUUCAGCAACCCGGUCAGGAUAAACUUCGGCUUCACGUGGCCGGGGACCUUCUCGCUGAUCAUCGAGGCGUUACACACCGACUCCAGAGACGACCUCUCCACAGAGAACCCAGACCGCGUCAUCAGCACCAUGACCACCCAGCGGCACCUGACGGUGGGCGACGAGUGGUCCCAGGACCUGCACACCGGCGGCCGGACGGAGCUCAAGUACUCGUACCGGUUCGUGUGCGACGAGCACUACUACGGCGACGGCUGCUCGGUGUUCUGCCGGCCGCGCGACGACGCCUUCGGCCACUUCACCUGCGGCGAGCGCGGGGAGAUCGUGUGCGACGCCGGCUGGAAGGGGACGUACUGCACCGAGCCGAUUUGUCUGCCGGGCUGCGACGAAGAGCAUGGCUUCUGCGAGAAACCUGGAGAGUGCAAGUGCCGAGUGGGAUUCAAAGGGCGCUACUGCGACGAGUGCAUCCGUUACCCAGGCUGCCUCCACGGGACCUGCCAGCAGCCCUGGCAGUGCAACUGUCAGGAGGGCUGGGGCGGCCUCUUCUGCAACCAAGAUCUCAACUACUGCACUCACCACAAGCCCUGCAUGAAUGGGGCCACUUGUAGCAACACCGGCCAGGGCAGCUACACCUGUUCCUGCAGGCCGGGAUUCACUGGGGCCAGCUGCGAGACCCAGGUCAACGAAUGCGCCGGAAACCCCUGCCGCAACGGAGGAAGCUGCACCGAUAUGGAAAACACGUAUACCUGCACUUGCCCCCACGGUUUCUAUGGCAACAACUGCGAGCUGAGCGCAAUGACGUGUGCGGACGGGCCCUGCUCCAACGGGGGCCGCUGCGCCGACAACCCUGACGGAGGCUACUUUUGCCAGUGCCCCACGGGAUACGCUGGGUUCAACUGCGAGAAGAAGAUCGACCACUGCACCUCCGGCCCCUGCUCCAACGGCGCGCGCUGCGUGGAUCUCGUCAACUCGUACCUGUGUCAGUGUCCAGACGGUUUCACCGGCAUGAACUGCGACCACACCGGGGACGAGUGUUCGGCGUACCCUUGCCAGAACGGUGGGACGUGCCAGGAUGGUGUCAACGGCUACACCUGCACCUGCCCACCAGGAUACACCGGCCGCAACUGUAGCUCGCCCAUCAGCCGCUGUGAACACAACCCUUGCCACAACGGCGCCACAUGCCACGAACGAAACAACCGCUAUGUCUGCGCGUGUGUCCCCGGCUACGGUGGACGGAACUGCCAGUUCCUGCUGCCAGAGCACGCCGCCAUCCGCGGCUCAGAAGUUCCCUGGAUGGCUGUCGGAUCCGGAGUGGCCCUGGUGCUGCUGCUGCUGGCGGGCUGCGCCGUACUCGUUGGAUUUUUCCGAUCAAAGGUGCAGCGCGGCGGUCAAACAGAAACCGCCUGUGAGGGAGAGACAAUAAACAACCUCACUAACAACUGUCACCGCAGUGACAGGGACCUGGCGGUCGGCAUGAUGCCGACGCCGGGGGUCAAAAAUAUCAACAAGAAGAUGGACUUCUGCAGCGCCGACCCCGAGGAAGGGUCCCCGCCGGGGAGGAGCAGCUACAAGAGCCGCCAACAGCCCGCGGACUACAACCUCGUACAAGAGGUCAACUAUGAGCAGGCGGCGAAAGAGGCCAUGCUGGAGGCAGCCUGCGAGGACAAGUGCCAGUCCCAGGACUCGUUUGAGUUCGAGGAGAAGCGCAGCAAACGUUUAAAAUGCGAUGCAUCAGAAAAGAAUGCCCCAGAAAUGUCUGCAUGUGCGGACACCAAGUACAAAUCUGUGUUUGUGAUGUCAGAAGAGAAGGACGAAUGUAUAAUCGCAACUGAGGUGUAACGAGCCAACCGAUGGCCUGCCCGUUGCUCAUUUUGCUCUAUGGGAGAGUUUUUAUACUCCUUCAGAUGCUGCUCUAACCCUAGGGGGAGGUGUCCCGCCUUGAGACUGCUGCUGAUAACUGAGACGUUUAACUGAUAUUCAGAGUGAGCUGGUUCUCUACUGGAAACUAAGUGCAGGCAGCGGCGGCCUGUGGGAUAAGAACUGGCGGGGUCGAGAAAAGAUUUUUGUUUUUGUUUUUUUACAAAAAAAGGUUAACGGUUAAAAGUAAACCGCCCACUUAGCUUUCUGUUCUGUUCUUUUUUUUAUACCGUGGGAGUUGGGGGGUUAAAGAAAUAAAAAAUAUUAAGGAACGCUGUCACACGGCGAUGCGACGCGACGCUGCGACUUUUCUUGUUUUUUGUUGCAACAUUUGCACCCGGGCCUUUUCUCUAACCCACACGUUGCCGUUGCUGAGCGCAGGAACUGCAUCAAACGGUGGAUGUUUGGCCAUAGUGGCCUGUUCUUCAUGGGCUGUGCACCAGCUGCAUCGCCACAACCCGUGGAGACUGUAUGUAUACGUGAUCACUGUGUUAACUGAAGUGCGUUGUUCUUCCCUGAGCCCUCCAAAACAUUUAUGACAUAGUAUUGUUCUUUUUCUCUUUUGGGACAUGACAAAAAAAAAAAGUGUCUUAAUGAAAUAAAUAAAAAAAAUGUUGCUUUUUUGAUACAGAUUUUGUAAAAUAAAGAAAGAAAGAAAGACAGAAAAAAAGUUAUGAUUUAAGAUUAUGAUUUAAUUUAAGUUAAUUUAAUGACUUUUGUGUUAUUUUUAUUUUGUAUUGUAUAUUUGUGAUGUUCGUUAUGAUUAUUUAAGUUGCUUUUUAAGAAAAACAAAAAUGAUGAUAUUUGCAAAGGCACUUCAGGUCAAUGGGACUUUUGUUUUGUUUUUUGAAAGAAAAAUGUUAUUUAAGAGGGAUUGUACUGUACAAAUUGUUAUGUCACUGUCUCCUUUACCAUUUUUGAAUGAAGGAAUUAGCCAAGACUAUUUUUCCAAAUAAAUAUUGCUAAACGUGAAAUUUUUCAA